UUCGACUUAGGGUUUCUAUAGCUUCUCUCUAUUUCUCCUUUUCCCAAAUUUCCCCAAAUUAAUUCUCUUUUAGAAGAAAAAAAUUUAAUUUCCUCAAUUCCGAAACCCAAAAAGUGAAUUCUGAUAUUCUGGGAUCCUUUUCGUUUCCUUGAGACAUUCUUUCCGAAACUUUUGUUUCAACCGUGACAGUCACCUUAGCCGGCGAUUGUUAGGCUAAUUUAUUCUCCGGUCAGUGAAGUUGAUAAAAAGAAAAUGGAGGGGAUUACUAGUCAACAUACACCACGAACUGUGGAAGAUGUAUUUAUCGACUUCAGAGGUAGACGAGCUGGUCUCAUUAAGGCUCUCACUUUCGAUAUGGUCAAGUUUCACCAAACGUGCGAUCCUGAGAAGGAGAACUUGUCUCUGUAUGGACUUCCAAAUGAGACAUGGGAGGUUAAUCUUCCCGUGGAGGAAGUUCCUCCCGAGCUUCCUGAACCAGCUCUAGGCAUCAAUUUCGCUAGAGACGGCAUGCAAGAAAAGGACUGGGUCUCUUUGGUCGCUGUUCACAGUGAUUCCUGGCUGCUUUCUGUUGCCUUCUACUUUGGUGCACGUUUCGGGUUUGGUAAGAAUGAGAGGAAGAGACUCUUCCAGAUGAUAAACGAUCUCCCAACCAUUUUCGAGGUUGUGACGGGCAAUGCUAAGCAAUCCAAAGAUCAUUCUGGUACCAACAACAACAAUAGCAAAAGCAAACCUAGCGGCUUGAAGGUUUCGAAGAUGUCAUCUCCAUUGCCUAAAGAAGAAGAUGAGAGUGAAGACGAGGAAGAACAAGGUGCGGUUUGUGGCGCUUGUGGAGACAACUACGGUGCAGAUGAGUUUUGGAUAUGCUGCGACGCGUGUGAGAAAUGGUUCCAUGGAAAAUGUGUGAAUAUAACACCUGCAAAAGCAGAGCACAUCAAGCACUACAAGUGCCCAAGUUGCACUAACAAGAGAGCCAGACCUUGAUGUUACUUAAACAACCAGAAGAAAAAGAAAGAAAAGGUUAAAAGUCGGAUGAAUUUUCUUCUUGUUAAUGUCAAUACUACAAAUACUAAUGUGCAUGUUUGAGGUUAUUUUAGUCCUUUUCGUCUACACUAAUUGUUGUUUUUGGUCAUAUGCUUUUACGUUUUUUAUUAGUUAACACAGUCUAAAGUUGAAAGAUUCUGGACAAACUAUUGGUAAUUUUGUUAUUUUGCUGCUUUA